AUGGGGGCCGAAGCUGACGAUAUUAUAGAAUCGCUGGGUAUCUCGGAAGCGGAGCAGAAGAAAUACGAUAUUGUAAAACAAAAACUCCAACAUUUCUUUAUAAUAAAGAGAAAUGUCAUAUUCGAGCGGGCCAAGUUUAACCUUCGAAAUCAGCAAGAAAGUGAGCCAGUAGAAACAUUCAUUACCGAUCUGUUCAAUCUAGCAGAACAUUGCAAAUUUGGCAGUCUUCGAGAGGAGCUCAUCCAAGACUGCAUUGUGGGGAUACUGGACAAAAGCUUGUCGGAAAAGCUACAAUUUGAAGCCGAUUUGACCCUAGAAAAGGCUAUGAACUUAGUUCGACAGCGGAAAUUAAAACCCAAACCUCAACCAUUUGCUAUAAAUGUCCCCAGAAAGGUACCCUUUCCUAUGUUUGACAAAAUGAAAUGUGAGAUUGAUCGCAUGCUACAAAUGGGGGUCAUUUCUAAAGUUGAACAGCAUACUGAAUGGUGUUCUCUGAUGGUUGUGACUCCUAAGCUGAUACUUUGCAGAGUGCUGUAGUGUUUUGUAGCACUUUAAAAAAGGUUGUAUACUUUGCAGAGUUUUGUAGCAGGGGCUGAUCUAGGUUUGUGGCAGGGGCCCAGCUAGAAAAUUGUUAAAUAAAAUAGCAGUCCAGUUAUCAAACUUCGCACAGUGUAUUGUAUUGAAAAUUAACAGUCCAGACGUCCUGUUGUGAAAUAUCAUCCAGUAGCAAGGCCUUCAAACAUGAACGCAAGAAAAGCGGUCUUAUGCAUGAGUUUUGCACGCUUUGGGUCAGAUUCCAGCCUUCUGAUUGGCUAUCUCGAUUUUUGCGCGAUCUGUGGGGAGUUCUGAUCACUGAGGCGCUCAGGGGCUAGAAUACAGGCUAUGCGAUUGGCUAAUUCCAAUUGGCUGGAUUUUUUUGGUCGAUCAUGCUGUUCAGGCUAUAGUAUGCACGGAAAGGUCUAUGACGUUUCUGGACCUUUCUGAUCGCUUCAAUCGUAGGUUCUAUCAAAGUCAAUUGGAAAAUUUAUCAGAAGUUCUGAAGUAAUACUAGCCAUGUCUGUCAGUAUUUACGAGACUGUAAAGGCUGCUUUAGAGAAAGACGAUCGAAAAAUAUUGAAGCUGAUCUAAAGAAGAGAAAAGACAGUGUACCCAAGCAUAAAUUGAGGACUUAUUGAGCACUGUGAACAACACAAGUUUCUUCCUCACACACAAUUUUGGUGCAGAAACUUACAUUCCAGAUUUGUAUGGCCUUAAGGUAAAUAUAUUCCAUUUAACUAGAUAUAACAUUUAGCAUCUGUACGUAUAAAAUCGCCGCCGGGUACAUCAUACAUGUAUAAUAAAGAGAUGAAAUUCACAUAAUAUUUCAAUCAAUGGACAUAAAUAUUGUGAAUCAUUCAUGGCAGUGGCACAUGUUUCUGCUUUAUUUAUUGCUGUUGAUUACACAUACUAGUCUAGAAACUAGGGUUAAUACUUAAUACUCAAUAUUAAAUCAAUACUUUGUAAACCCCAAUUUUAAAGCCUUAAAAUUGGGGUUUACAGACCAGUAGUAGUUGCAAUUUUUUCAGAUUGUUACAAUUUUGUUUUGAGACGUUCCUGUUGCUUGUAUUCAUUUUUCUAAUGGUGCGUCCCUAACCCACUGUUAUAUGGUCCGUCCCUAACCCCUGACAAAUAAAAUCGCCUGGCAUUAGACAGGGUAAAGUAAUAAACUAGGGUGCAUUGCCACUUACAGGGUUAAUGUUUUCUAUCUUAGAUCUGAUGUUACUGGAAAUUGCUUGUAUAGCUCUGCAUCCUUGGUACAAGUAGGUAACAAUAGUCUAAUGGAACCGUUGAGAAUCUUGACAUCAAUAGAACUUUUUACUAAUACUGAAUUUUAUACUCAGCACCCUUUGUUUCUCUUCUGCUGUAAAUGAGCAUGCUGAGUACUUCAGCAAAAGUAUUAAUAAUCUUUUACCUAUGUUAUGAGUGUUGAGACACAGCUUGCACUAAAGCCGACAUUAGACAGGAGGCCAUUCAUAAUUGCAGUGAGAAGAAAUGGUCAUCAUUUCUCUGCAUAUUGGGUCUUGCUUCUGUUUUAAAUAAGACUAUAUUUAGUUAUUAUCUUGAUUGUGGGGCUCAUAGGUAUAAACUGUUACUUAAUCUCAUGAAUCGACCCUGCUUAACUCCAAAGAAAGGUUUGGAUGAUCUUCAUAUUUUAUUCAACAUUCCAGUCAAAUCAUAUUGUUCCUCUAGCUGUUCCUUCCCAAGCAUUCACCAAGAAGCAAAAACUUUCUCCAAUUCUUCCGAAAAAAGCCUUGAAUAUUGCUAAGUUUUUUAAUGUGGCAGAGAAAUCUGUUUUAAAGCCAAAAUCUCAUAUGGCCCAAAGCGAGUCGUUUCCCCCCCUUGAUAAUAGCAAACUAUAUCUAAGUAAACCUAGUACUUCAACUAACACAAAAAGCAAUGUUUUAGAAUCGGGUGAGACACCCAUUACAAAAAAGGUAAAAUCACAUGUUACUAAUUUUGAUGUUGCAAUGUACAGGGAUAUGGUUAAGGGAAUGAGCUCAUCUGAAAUUUGCAAUCUUAUUCAAAAUGUGUUUAAACCUGACAAAAAAUAUAUUCAUAUCCUAAGACUAGUGUCAGAAGCUUCAGGUAUGAUUGGCUAGAAUUACAUUUAUGGCUUUGUUAUUCACCUUCUCAAGAUGGUGCAUUCUGCCUGUCAUGCGCGUUCUGUUUGGAGAUCGCUUUUCUGGUAAAUGUAGCAAAAUUCAUUGUUUAUUUUCCCAGUCUCUUCGCCGUUGGAGUGGUGCAGCAUAUACUUUGAAAUAUCAUGCUGGACAGGGUUUAGGUGGGGAAAUGAGCCUGCAUGCAUGUACCUUCCCUAUACUGACAUCUUUACUUUCCCAAAUGUCAGGGAAAGCAUGGCCAAUAGAGGUAAUUUUAGAUACUAACCUCAAAAAAGAAAUUGAGGAAAAUAGAAAGAAACUUGCCUCAAUUGUAGAUUCCGUUAUUUUUUGUGGCCAUCUUGGUUUACCAUUACAUGGUCAUCGUGAUGACUCUAAAUACCAUCGAGAAGUUGGCAAUUACUGUACAGCGGGAGUUGGUAAUUUUGAAGAAUCUCUUAAUUUUAGAGUUCAGGCAGGGGACAAAGUUUUGCAGCACCAUUUGAAAAAUUGUGGUAAAAAUAAGAGUUAUAUUUCUAAGUUAUACAUUCUUAUAGUUAUAUGUCAGUUAUGUUAUUUUAGGGUUAAAGUACAAUAUUUAAAGCUAUGUUAUUCGCAAUAAAACUUGUUGGCAAAAGGAAUAUGAAGGAGUGCAAAAAUUCAUAAAUUAUGGCUAUAAAUAGCUCUAUUGUUUACUUUUGUGGGGUCAAUUUCCAUAUAAAUAUCCCGAAAUGACGUCAUUAAUUACCAGUGACAAAAUAAGUUCAUAUACUUUAUGUGGUAUAUAUAUUGUUGUUUACCGGUUAUUGCUGUUAUAAGCGUUAUAGACGUUAUUGGCGUUAUAGUCGUUAUUGGCGUUAUAGACGUUAUUGGCGUUAUAGACGUUAUUGGAGUUAUUGGAGUUAUAGUCGUUAUUGGCGUUAUAGACGUUAUUGGCGUUAUAGACGUUAUUGGAGUUAUAGACGUCAUUGACGUUAUUGGCAUUAUAGUCAUUAUUGGCGUUAUAGACAUUGCCGUUAUAGACGUUAUAGUCGUUAUUGACGUUCUAGUCGUUAUUGGCGUUAUUGGCGUUAUAGUCGUUAUUGGCGUUAUUGGCGUUAUUGGCGUUAUUGGCGUUAUUGGCGUUAUAGUCGUUAUUGACGUCAUUGACGUUAUAGACGUCAUUGACGUUAUUGGCAUUAUAGUCGUUAUUGGCGUUGUAUACGUUAUUGACGUUAUAGACGUUAUUGGCGUUAUAGUCGUUAUUGGCGUUAUAGUUGUUAUAGGCGUUAUUGGCGUUAUAGGCGUUAUUGGCGUUAUAGGCGUUAUAGACGUUAUUGGCGUUAUAGUCGUUAUUGACGUUAUUGGCGUUAUAGGCGUUAUUGGCGUUAUUGGAGUUAUUGGCGUUAUAGUCGUUAUAGACGUUAUUGGCGUUAUAGUUGUUAUUGGCGUUAUAGUUGUUAUUGGCGUUAAAGACUAUAUAGACGUUAUUGGCGUUAUAGACUAUAUAGACGUUAUUGGCGUUAUAGUCGUUAUUGACGUUAUUGGCGUUAUUGACGUUAUAGUCGUUAUAGUCGUUAUUGACGUUAUAGUCGUUAUAGUCGUUAUUGACGUUAUUGGCGUUAUAGUUGUUAUUGGCGUUAUAGUUGUUAUUGGCGUUAUAGACUAUAUAGACGUUAUUGGCGUUAUAGACAUUAUUGGCGUUAUUGGAGUUAUUGGCGUUAUAGUCGUUAUUGAUGUUAUUGGUGUUAUUGACGUUAUUGGCAUUAUAGACGUUAUUGGCGUUAUAGACGUUAUUGGCGUUAUUGGAGUUAUUGGCGUUAUAGUCGUUAUUGGUGUUAUAUACGUUAUUGACGUUAUAGACGUUAUUGGCGUUAUAGGCGUUAUUGGAGUUAUUGGCGUUAUAGACGUUAUUGGCGUUAUAGUCGUUAUUGGCGUUAUAUACGUUAUUGACGUUAUAGGCGUUAUAGUCGUUAUUGGCGUUAUAGUCGUUAUUGGCGUUAUAGUCGUUAUUGAUGUUAUAGUCGUUAUUGGCGUUAUAGUUGUUAUUGGCGUUAUAGUCGUUAUUGGCGUUAUAGUUGUUAUUGGCGUUACAGUUGUUAUUGGCGUUAUAGUAGUUAUUGGCGUUAUAGUCGUUAUUGGCGUUAUAGACGUUAUAGUUGUUAUUGGCGUUAUAGACGUUAUAGUCGUUAUUGGCGUUAUAGUCGUUAUUGCCGUUAUUGACAUUAUAGUCGUUAUUGGCGUUAUAGACGUUAUUGCCGUUAUUGGCGUUAUAGUUGUUUAUUUAUUUAUUUAAAAUUAUUUUAAAACGGUAGCUCUUCAGGGCUCGUAGGCACCUGUUUUUCAAGAGGCUGUUUAUUACAGUAUUUACAAGCUAUAUAAGUAUAAUAACACAAAUAUACACACAAAAACAGAGAAAACAUAAACUUAAUAAUUGCAUGCACUACAUUUGUAUCUAAAAAUAUCCUAUCCUAUUUAAAUAUUUACAAAGUUACCAAAAGGAAUGAAGUGCCGUCAAGAAUACGUUUAAAUUUGUUAAGGCUAAUGCCUUUUUCUUUUGCUGUAGUUGUUAAGUCAUUCCAAAGGGAUGCAGCUGAAUAACUGAAGCUCUUUUUCAUAAAAUUUGUUUCAGGUUUUCCAAGAUCAUAGUUGUUAUUGUUACUUCUUAAAUCAUAUCUGUCAUUUAUUUUAAUUUUGAACAUGUUGCAAAUUGAUGAUGGCAUUUUUUCGUUUUGUAUUCUGUGCAUAAAAAUCGAUUUAUUGGUUUUAUAGCGUUGGUUUAAAGGUUGCCAGUCUAAUUCUUUUAAAACAUCCUCAGAACUAACUUCAUAAGUUUUACCAAUGAUGAUUCGGGCCGCUCUGUUUUGUAAUUUCUGAAGUCUGUUUUGAAAGUAAUCACAUGCAACAGUUAUCCCAAACCAAGCUACAAUAAUGUGUGCACAAUGGCAUUAUAUAUUUUUACUAAGGUUGAUUUGGGAACAAACUGUUUUAUUCGUCGCAUCAUUGGCGUUAUAGUCGUUAUUGGCGUUAUAGACGUUAUAAAAAAUAUAAAAAUAAGAAAUGAAUUCAUCCAAAAGGUCUCUUAUACAAAUUUUUUGGGUGUACUAAUUGAUGAAAAUUUAACGUGGAAAAAUCAUAUUGAUUCUAUAUAUAUGUAAAACUAUUAUCAAGAUAGUUGGACUAAUUUCAAAAUUGCGACAUUUUACGAAUUUGAACACUAUAAAGUUGACCUAUUAUGCCUUAAUUUAUCCAUACCUUACAUAUGGUAUUAAAUUUAGCUUGGGGUAAUACAUACCCUUCGAAAAUUGAAAAGCUUUUCAGAAUUAAAAAAAAGACUAUUCAAUUAAUGAAAUUUAAAUCAUACACAGAACAUACAAAACCGCUAUUUAAUGAUUUGAAAAUAUUAAAUAUUUUCAAAAUUAACGAUUAGCUUACCAGCUUAUUUAUGUACCGUUGCAACUGUACUAAUGAUUUACCCGACAUUUUUAGUGGAUAUACUUCAUAAAAAAUUCAAACAUUCAUGAACAUUGCACUCGAAAGUCAAAAAAAUUGCAUAAAGUUUAUACAAGAACAAACUACAGAAAACAAUCUGUUGUUAGUAAAGGUAUUGACAUUUGGAAUAAUUUAAGUACUGAGUUAAAAAAUAUUGGAUCUUAUAUGGUUUUCAAAAAAAAUGUGAAAACAUACUUUAUAUCACACCAAUCAGCCAAUUAAUCAUCCUAUUUUAAUGUAUAAAGUUUAAAAAAUCUGAAAAAUCUUGUAAAUAGACAAACUUUCCUUUAAAAACCAUCACAAUUGUAUAUAUUUUCGUUAAUAUAUUAUGUACUAUUCUUAUGACAUCAUGAAAUUAUACUAAGUAAAAAAUGUUUUCUAAAAGAUCUCUAAAAGGUUUCUAAAAGAUCUCUAGCCCCUACGUAUAGAUUAUAAAAAUGUAAAUAGCUAAAUUUUAUUGUACUUUGGAAAAUUGGGCGAAAUAAACUAAUAAUAAUAAUAAUCCCCGAGCCGGCGGCGCGAAGCGCCUUGCGAGGGUACUAAUUCCCCCUGGCUAUUUACACCCGGGGAAACGAAAGCAUUAGCGAAGUCUAAAGUUCAUCAAUGAGCGCGGGCGUCGGUCACCAACGAUGGGUGGUCAUCCUCACUGAUCUCAAAAAUAUGGCGGACUGUCAUGAAUAACGGACACUGAUUGGUCCAAUUUAAAGUUUGCAUUAUAACGACUGCAUGACGACAGCGAAAUAGCAAACAUUUCUUGAUUUGAUGAGUUGAUGAUUGAUAAAUUUCUUGCAGAUAUUCUUCAUUUUUGCUCAUAUUUCUGCAAGAUUUUGUAAAUUUCAAGAAAGAAAGGGCGAAAGAAUCAGCUAAAAGAAGGGAGCCGACCUUAACGAAGGUAAGUUUGUUUUAAAUAUUGAUUUUAUAAUGGCUUUAAAACCCGACGGCCUUUGCGUAUAUGAAACAACCAAACAAGACAGCAUAUAAUUUCAGUGUAUCUUUAAUAUUGAUUCCCUUUUUUAUUAUAUUGAAUUUUUUAAAUAAAAAAUAAAGCAAAGUUGUUUACAAGCGAGAAUUUCAAAUCAUUUUAUUGCAAACUCAAAGUUUAUCGAUAAAGCCAUUUAAUAGUUAAAGCUUGAGUUAAAGGCAGUUUAGUUUUAUAAAGAACACUUUAAAACGUUUUGUGAAUUGUUUGUGGUUGAAUUUUACCUUAAUUUGAAGCUUGUAUUACGUAUAAUUACAUACCUAACAUAUAUAUGUUGGGAAAUUGAUAAUUUUGUAAUCAAAAGUGAUAUUUUUUAAUUUUUAGGCGAUUUUCAUUUGUAAGAAUAUUCUUAAAAAAUUAUCGUGUUACCAUGACAACUACUUUAGAUACUUCAUGUUCGGAAAAUACAACGGUUUUGUCAGCAAGGCGAGGGUUUCUGCAUGCAUGUAUUUUCUAGUAAUAAUAAUUGGCGUUAUAGUCAUUAUAGACGUUAUUAGUGAUUUUAACGUUUCAUUUCAUUUUAUUAAAAUACCAUGGCGCCAGAAGGCGAAUUGCAACAUUAAAUCAUAAAUAUAUAAUUACAAUACAUUACAUGACAACACAUAAUAUAUUACAGUAUUAAAUUUAGUCUAAAAUGUUAUUAUACCAUAUUCCAAAAAUAUCUAACGUUAAGUCAUGUUAAUUUAUAAAAUUAUUAAAGGGAAGUCAAGUCCGUUCUUCGCAUCGGUUCUGCUCAUAACAAUGUGAGGACCUGUAAUGUGAACAUUGCCCAACUUUCGAAUGUUUCGAAUUUUUCUGAACAUAAACUCUAUUUCAUAUUCAUUUAGAAGCAUAGCGAACCAAAAUGGUGUUAGAUAUUCAGACAGUACAUCGUAUUUUUAAAAAUAGUAAAAUACAGCAUUUCAAAAUGUAAACAAACCGUUUGUUUACAUUAUGGACUUGACUUCCCCUUUAAAUAAAACACAUGCUAGGAAUAAAACUCCAUUUAAAUCGUACAGAUCCACAUCUUGGCAGAGUAAAGUUAAUUAUGUGCAUUUGCUCUAACUUUUCUGGUACUAGUUCAACCUCGUCCCCAGGGUCUUUUUCGUGGUGGCGAGUUUUUUCAGCCAUGAUGUAGGCUGGCAUAUCUUUCUAAAAAUCGUUUUGCAUAGCAAGGAACAACGUACGUUCUCUCAACAGAGAGCAUCCGGAUAGCACUAAAACUUCAUCGUAAUGCAUUUCCGGAUAAAGAAUUUGGAAAGCUCGUUUCCGAACCCGUUCCGUCAGAAAGGAACACAAUAUUCCAAUAG